AUGGUAGAACGAAGUGGAAUUGCGGAAACCGUCCGACAUGCUCAUCCAAUAAUCCUCCUGGGAGCUCUGUAUGCCACGUUCACAUAUUUAGUCAAUGAUCCCCCAGCCGUCCUCUUGAAGCUUUUACCGGUAACGAUUGGAAUUCAAAUAAUCCACGCGUCUACAUGUCUCGGCAGUAGUAGAGUGGCAGUGGCGUCCGGGAACAAGAAAAAGGUCAAAUCGGCUUCCAAGGGGAAAACGGAGGAUGUGGGGGCCAAUAUCAUGACGGCGUUUUUAUCUCUCUUCUUGACUCUAUUAAUCGGUACACCGGCUAUAUUCAUCGUAAUAGUCCUACUCGGUGCCCCGAUAACGGCGGAUCUUUCACAUACCGCGCUUUGUGCUGCACACUUGAGCGUUCUGGCUGGAUUUCCUUUGGUUUAUUCCUAUCAUGUACAAGGGUCUAAAUGGAGGGAUAUCAUCUCGUUGAAUCUACCGAUGGAUGAAGUCUACGGAGGCGCGUUGGGAGCGUGCCUUGGAGCGUGGUUUGGAGCUAUUCCAAUACCGUUAGAUUGGGAUCGCGACUGGCAAAGAUGGCCGGUGACGAUAGUAGUGGGGAUAUAUGCUGGUUAUGCAGUUGGGCGCCUGGGAGGGCUGGCAUUUAUUGGUAAAACUGCGCGAUUCAACUGA